AUGAAUACUAGGUCUAAAGUAAGUAGUAACAACAGCACGACUAUCAUUACUACUACUAUUACCAACAACGGUAGGGAAAGCAGUAGCAGUAGUAAAAUUGGUUACAAAGGCAGUCGCUAUAACGUCACCGAUAGAAAAAUCAGAUAUACCGCAGGAAGAAUGGCUCGGAAGACUAAACAAAUAUUGGAAGAGGAUGAUGAUAUUCUCAUUUACCAUGGACUGAAGAGAAAAGCGGAACGAGAGGAGGAGCAUAUAAAUGAAGUAAAAGAUUACUAUGAAGAAGCAAGAGAGCGAAAAAAGAUGAGAACAGAUAAUUGUAAAAAAAUGUGUAUUUGUGAACAAAGUGAAGAAAAUUAUGGAGGAGAGGAUAUGAUAUGCUGUGAGAUAUGUCUGGACUGGUUCCAUCCAGAAUGCGUUGGGGUUUCUGACGAAUACUGUAAUGAUCCAAACACCUUCUAUGUCUGUAGGGAGUGCAGACAAUUGCAGGUACCUUGUGCCUCUCCUGAUUGUAGAAUCUCAAAAACUUUUAAGGCACCUGCAUAUUGGUCAACUGAUUUGGGGGAGGAAUUUAAAGUUAUAAAAGAUGAAUGUGCCAAAAUGACGAGGUGUAAAAAAUGUGAUAUUUUGCAA